AUGAGAGGGACUGUAACUUACGAGGUGAUAAGUGUGCGCGAGAAGUUGAAGACUGGGCAAGAGGAUGAUAUAGGAAUCGCGAAUCUCUUCGUCUGCGACCUCUUCCUGCUAAGUGCUAAGCGCUCUUUCUCUCUCUCCGUGCCAUCGAUUGUUGCGAUUACUGGCACAGAAGGUUGUUGUGGGACAUUAAGGUUUAUACUGUGGCGGGCGAAUGUUGUUGCUUGA